AGCGCCUGGAGCCUUCACGCCACUGCCAGAAAUGCAUAUUUUGUUGAUUGGUAAGAACUGGCAGAUGACGCUUCACGAAAUAUAAAUGCAAGAAAGACGCGGAGCUCAAUAAAACCUGCCACCUGCCAGUCUAAGAGGGCUGGAGAAAGAAAGUGAAGCGGCUCCUGAUAUGGCUGGGGGAGUUCCGAUGUCAGUCUAUCUUUUCUUCAACGCACUCGCCGCCCUGACUGCUGAGGCCGGCUGGAUUGGGAUGGCCCCAGGCUCAGCACCCCAGAGCAACAGGACAGCUAACGAGACCCGAGCUGACUCUGUGGAAGGACCCGUAGCCCUGAAGUUCUCACACCCCUGCCUGGAAGAGCACAGCAGCUACUGCAUCAAUGGCCUGUGCGCCUUCCACCGCGAGCUGGACCAGGCCAUCUGCAGGUGCUACACUGGCUAUACUGGGGAAAGGUGUGAGCACCUGACCUUAACUUCAUACGCUGUGGAUUCUUAUGAAAAAUACAUUGCAGUUGGCAUUGGCGUUGGAUUACUAUUAAGUGGUUUUCUUGCUAUUUUUUACUGCUACAUAAGAAAGAGGUGUCUGCACCUGAAAUCGCCCUACAACAUGUGCUCUGGAGGAAAGCAGCCACUGUGAGGCCUCUGGAAGGCACCAUCAUUGCGAGUUUUGGGACAACCAGUGGGCCUCCAAUGGAAAUCUUCAGAUGAACAAGGAAAAGUGCCAAGCUGACCAGACUUGAAAAUGACAGAAGCUAGGAUCACAGUGACGUGAGAGGAUAAAAUUCAGCACUGAUCUCUGGACUUUGCCACCCUUAGGUCCCAUAGAGCCAGCUGUAAAAACUGCAAGGGCUGAGGUCAAGUGCCUGCUCCCCCUGCUGGUAUGUGGUGCGGCUGCUCUCACUGCAGAAAAACGGUCUCACGCUUCUGACCGUAUCAGAGGUGGGCCUGCCUGGGAAUAACUUUCAGCCUUGCAGCAGGCCAAAGCAAUGCCAAGUAUGGGCCCUCCGUGUGCUUGCUACCCACCAUUGUGACCAUCCACACGGGCUCUCUGUUUGCACUCCAGGACCUAAUCCCAAGCCUUCUGCUUUCAUGGUAUCUAAAUGAUUUGAUGGCAACUUGUAGGAUGAGAUCAAUAUUAUCGUUCCUGGGGCAAACUGUGUAUGUGUCUCAUGGCAAAUCCAUGGAAAAGAAACUGGAGCGGCCAAGGGAAACACAGCCUGUGACCACACCGUGCAGCCUUUAUCUGUGAAACAUGGAAUAAGCUAAAGAGUUUCUGAGGACUGCAAGCUACCCAGAUAUCAAGUCCACAGCAGGCAGAGCACUUCUGAUCCUGUAUGGAUUAUGCAAUUUUUGUCCUGUCAUGCUUUUGUUUGUCACUUCUCCUGCACAGUUCCCUUCAUGGCGACAGUGGAAUUACCAGGUAACCAUCCAUUUGGACUAAACUCCCUCAUGACCAAAGGUCUACAAUUGGUCCCAAAACCAAACCUGAAGGACUUGAUAAAGGAAUUUAUUUCAUCAGCGAACAGCAUGGGCAAGCAUCUGCAUUUCUGAUCCCUUGUAACAGAUUUGGACAGAGAAAAAAUGAAGCAAUGGUAGGAAAACCUAUGGGGAAUCAAGUUCGUUCCUUUUCAAUUCUAGUUCUGCCACAUAAUUCCACAGAGUCCAUGCAGGUUGCUUAGUUUCUUUGGGCUUUGGAUUUAUUUUCCACAAGGCCCUUGUAUAAGGGGAGCAGCAAACCAUGGCAUGUGUGUGCCACAGGUGAGAUUAUUCCUUGUACACCCACGUCCAGCCUCCCCUCUAGCCAAAAAGCACGCACUGAGUAUCAUCCUAGGUGUAGACUUUAGUGUUCCCUUUGUGAAAUAGUAAUUUAUUUUUAAAUGAAAUUAAAGAAAUUUAACAGCUACCAUUUUUUUUUUUGAUUCAAACUAAAACUACAGACUUUUGUUUUUCUCUCAGUGGGACGUAAAUAACCCAAGCAAUUUUGAUGAUGGCAUUGAUUACUGGAGGGCCAGACUUGAAUGUCCUUAUAUUGGCAGUCUGGUAGCAAGCCUUUCGUUCCCAUGAACCUCAGGUUUUCCUCAGCCCCUGUGAAGGUUGCCGUUCUGCUUUCCUUGUUUCUCCCUGAGAAGGAACUGAACGCGGGUGAGUGGUUUGUCAGCACUUCGUGCCGCCCUCCCCUUGUGUGAAGGUUACGUCAAGUGGGUGGGGAGGGAACGUUCCUUCCAGUGACUCCUGUAGCCGCACCUAGAAAGCUAUGCACUUCCUGGGCAUUGCAAAAAGAUAUAAGAGCCGGGGACAGUCAGAGAGAAACAAUAAAGGCCUCUGGAGGGAAAGAGGAAUUAAUGCUGGAGUCCGCAGACAGUCCUGAAGACCUGGUGACUGCGUUUGCCAAUUUCAAACACAAUCACAUUGACAUUAGAACAUUUCACAAAGAGUUAAAACUCUCAGGUUUCUAAACCAAAAUAUUAACCAAAACAAUAAUAUGUUCAGAUUGUUUCUUAACCAGUAGAGUAUUCAUUAACAGUAUAAAACUGACCCAGGGAGACUGUUCCAGAAACCAAAUACAGCUGUGUGUGUGUGUCACAGGAUCAUCUUGUGACCCAGGGUCAAAAUCUUUCACACCCAGGUUUAAGUUGCAGGAGGGCAUCUCGCGCGUUCUCAGGGAGCCAGGCUGUAUCUGGCAGUACUUGUGUAGAUAAGCAGGACUAGAUGGGAAAAAGUUUCAAUGCAAGAUGAUCUGCACAAGCUUUCCUCUUCUAUUUUUUUUUUUCCUAUAUGCAACAUGACCCUGAAAAGAACCAAUUCGUUUAGUCCUUGCAUCAGAACUGCACUUUCAGCUCUCAAUCAAGGGUGAUUAAGUUGAGUGGAUCAUUUAACAAUGAAAUGACAACAUAUUGCUGGCAUCUUUGACUAAAUCAAACUAGCCAAAGAAUUCAUCGCCUUCUUUCAUUCCCCUUUCUGUCUCCUCCCCGUGUCUAUCCCUGAGCUUACCGAGAGCACAUUCUUCUGCAGUCAGUAUUUUCUGGUGACUCACUCGUAAGCACCUCGGAGUAUGACGGGGUGAGGGCAUAUACUGUAGCCUCCGCUGUACCUGAGCCCAUGAAUGUACAUGACAGGAGUUAUAACUGCUGAUCGUUGUAUUCUCUCCCCCCAGAUUACCUUUUGGUAGGGCCAUGUUUUCAUAAAGUUUGCAGAAGAUGAAAUUGUUACA